AUGAACAUACCACAGCGCCAAUUCAGCAAGGAGGAAGUCAACCGCUGCUAUUUGAGAUGGCAGCAGUUGAGAAACGAGCACGGGAUGAAUGCUCCAAGCGUACCAGAGUUCAUAUAUCUGACCAAAGUUUUGCAAGUUGCUGCUAAGCAACAACCAGAAUUGCAGAUGCAGCGUCGACAGCAAGGUAUGUCGGUUUCCCAGCAGAACACUGCCUCAGCUUCUCCGAACCAAGUAGACUUGCCAAAUAAUACGGCCUCGCACAUCUCUGCUUCCGCUUCUCCAAAUCUGGCUCCAAAUAUGCCAUUGAAUGGCAGUGAGCCCUUUGCUACUACUGCUCACCAAUCGCCAAUCAUGUCCGCGCCUAUUCCGCUGGACAAUAAUAGUAAUAAUAACAAUAUUCCAGAGCAACGACAGUCCUCGAUGACCUCAUUAAAUGGAAAUAACUUUUCACAGCCGGCAGCGAACAACGUGGAAAAUGUUGCUGACAAGCCAGCGAACACUACCCAUAACGGCUAUAACCCGAAUAUUUCCGAAGGACAGCCCCAAAGUGGCUCGCCGCGGGACCAUACUAUGCAAGAUUUAAAUGCGCUUCCAGGUUCUCAAAUAAAUUCCCCGAUGCCUCAGCAAACGCAGAUGCAACAGGCUCAGUUUCAAGCACAGCAAGCACAGCAAGUGCAAUUCCAAGCACAGCAAGCACAACAAACGCAAGUGCCGCCACAACAGGGAAGAAGAUUGCCUAUGACAAUGUUCACUGCAGAGCAAUCCGAAUUAUUAAAAGCCCAAAUCACAUCUUUGAAAUGUUUAGUAAAUAGGAAACCUAUUCCACUUGAAUUUCAAGCCGUCAUUCAAAAAUCGAUUAAUCAUCCUCCCGAUUUCAAAAGGAUGCUACUGUCUUUGAGUGAGUUUGCUAAAAGAAGACAGCCCGUAGAUCAAAAUGGCCAAUUAAAUAACAACAAGAGCAACGGCAUGCAACAACCCGCUAUUGAGGCUGAACAUAAUAAUAUCAACCUCGAUCAAACUGCGUCCGAAGUUGCAAACAAUACACCUUUGGAAGAUAAAAAUGUUGAUGUUACAUCCGUUCCAUUUAUUGGGCCUUCCAACAAACCUGACGUAAAUAGUCCGUCCGUUAAAAACUUACAAGCUGUAAGUAAUACUCAAACAGCACGGGCCAAUUCGAAGAUAGAGGAGAAUAAGGCUAGCUCAAAUGAAGACAAAACCGUAUCCAUUAGCGAUAAAAUACUAACCGAACAAAACAAGCCUCCAACACCGCAGAAGCCUGUUCCUUUGAAUGUUCUUCAAGAACAAUAUAAAGAAGGUAUAAAAGUGGUUGAUAUAGACGACCCUGAUAUGAUGGUUGACUCCUUUACGAUGCCAAAUGUCUGUCAAAGUAAUAUUGAUUAUCUGACUUUACUAGCUAAUUCUGAUCAUGCAAGAUUUCUGAUUGAACCUGGUGUUUUACCGGUUGGUAUCGACACGCAUACCGCUACUGACAUUUAUCAAACUUUAAUUGCGUUAAAUCUUGAUGCUACAGUCAAUGAUUGUCUAGACAAAUUAUUGGAUGAUGAUUGUGAGGGAUCAGUCAAGGAAGACGCCCUUUAUGAUUAUUAUGCAUUGCAAUUGUUACCCCUGCAGAAAGCCGUAAGAGGUCAUAUUUUGCAAUUUGAAUGGCACCAAAAUUCUUUAUUGACCAACACACAUCCAAAUUUUCUAUCUAAAAUAAGAAAUGUCAACGCCCAAGAUGCGUUAUUGACAAACCAGCUAUACAAAAACCAUGAAUUACUGAAAUUGGAAAGGAAGAAGCUUGAAGUGGUAGCAAGAUUGAAAUCGAUGAAUAAAUCUGCAAUCAACCAAUAUAACAAAAGACAAGAUAAAAAGAAUAAAAGGUUGAAAUUUGGCCAUAGGCUUAUUGCCACACAUGCUAACUUAGAAAGAGACGAACAAAAGAGAGCCGAAAGAAAGGCAAAGGAACGUCUACAGGCAUUGAAAGCAAAUGAUGAAGAAGCAUACAUAAAAUUAUUAGAUCAAACAAAAGAUACGAGAAUUACACAUUUGCUGAGACAAACGAACGCGUUUUUGGAUUCCUUGACGAGGGCCGUGAAAGAUCAACAAAAAUACACCAAAGACAUGAUUGAUUCUCAUAUAAAGGAAACAUCGGAAGAAGUUGAGGAUUUAUCUAUGGUGCCAAAGAUGAAGGACGAAGAAUAUGACGAAGACGAGGAUAGUGCUAAUAUCGAUUAUUAUAAUGUUGCACACAAAGUCAAAGAAGAUAUUAAAAAGCAGCCUUCGAUCUUGGUUGGUGGCACAUUGAAGGACUAUCAAAUCAAGGGUUUACAGUGGAUGGUUUCGCUUUUCAAUAACCAUUUGAAUGGUAUAUUAGCAGAUGAAAUGGGUCUCGGUAAGACAAUUCAAACUAUUUCACUACUUGCGUAUUUAUAUGAAAUGAAGAAUAUUCGUGGUCCAUACCUAGUCAUUGUUCCUUUAUCCACAUUGUCGAAUUGGAGCAGCGAGUUUGCCAAAUGGGCUCCGAGCUUAAGAGCUAUAUCGUUUAAAGGUUCGCCGAAUGAAAGAAAAUCCAAACAGGCUUUGAUCAGGGCUGGUGAAUUUGAUGUUGUCUUGACUACCUUCGAAUAUAUCAUCAAGGAAAGAGCCCUUCUAUCUAAAGUCAAAUGGGUCCAUAUGAUUAUUGAUGAAGGGCAUAGAAUGAAAAAUGCGCAAUCCAAACUUUCCUUAACUUUAAACACACAUUACCACGCAGAUUAUAGAUUAAUUUUGACUGGUACGCCAUUACAGAAUAACUUACCGGAACUAUGGGCCUUACUAAACUUCGUGCUGCCCAAGAUUUUCAACUCCGUGAAAUCAUUUGAUGAAUGGUUUAAUACUCCCUUUGCUAACACUGGUGGGCAAGACAAGAUUGGAUUGAGCGAAGAAGAAACUCUUCUAGUCAUAAGAAGAUUGCAUAAAGUCCUGAGACCCUUUUUGUUACGUCGUUUGAAAAAGGAUGUGGAAAAGGAAUUACCAGACAAAGUCGAAAAAGUAGUAAAAUGUAAAAUGAGUGCACUACAACAAAUCAUGUACCAACAGAUGUUGAAAUAUCGUCGCUUGUUUAUUGGUGACCAAAAUAAUAAGAAAGUGGUAGGUUUAAGAGGAUUCAAUAAUCAAAUCAUGCAAUUGAAGAAAAUCUGUAAUCACCCUUUUGUGUUUGAAGAAGUUGAGGACCAAAUAAAUCCCAACAGAGAAACAAAUGACGAUAUUUGGCGUGUUGCCGGAAAGUUCGAACUAUUGGAUAGGAUUUUACCCAAAUUAAAGGCAACAGGCCACAGGGUACUGAUUUUUUUUCAAAUGACCCAAAUUAUGGAUAUUAUGGAAGAUUUUUUAAGGUACAUUAAUAUCAAGUAUUUAAGACUUGAUGGUCAUACGAAAUCUGACGAACGUAGUGAAUUGUUACGUCUAUUUAAUGCGCCAAACUCGGAAUAUCUGUGCUUUAUCUUGUCAACAAGAGCAGGUGGUCUGGGGUUGAAUUUGCAAACUGCAGACACCGUUAUUAUUUUUGAUACCGAUUGGAAUCCACAUCAAGAUUUGCAAGCGCAAGAUAGAGCGCACAGAAUCGGCCAGAAGAAUGAAGUUAGGAUUUUAAGAUUGAUCACUACUAAUUCCGUCGAAGAAGUCAUUUUGGAAAGGGCUUACAAAAAGCUAGAUAUUGACGGUAAAGUUAUUCAAGCAGGUAAGUUCGAUAACAAGUCUACCUCAGAGGAACAAGAAGCUUUAUUGAGAUCCUUGUUGGAUGCAGAAGAAGAACGUAGAAAGAAAAGAGAGUCUGGCGUUGAAGAGGAAGAGGAGCUGAAAGAUUCAGAGAUUAAUGAAAUUCUUGCAAGAAGCGACGGCGAAAUGGUUACACUUGCCAAGAUGGACGAAGAAAGAUCAAAGAGGGAAGAGGAACUAGGGGCAAGAAGCCGUCUUUUGGAAAAAUGUGAAUUACCAGAUAUCUACAGUAGAGAUAUCGGCGCGGAACUCAAGCGCGAAGAAUCAGAAUCAGCUGCUGUUUACAAUGGAAGGGGUGCGAGAGAACGCAAGACAGCGACUUACAGUGAUAAUAUGUCUGAAGAGCAGUGGUUGAGACAGUUCGAAGUUAGCGAUGAUGAGAGAAAUGAGAAGAGGGCAAGGAAACUAAGAAAAGAAUACGAGGCCAAAAGUGAGACAGUCAAUGAGGAUGCUGAGAUCAAGGGUGAAUACAUUGAUAUUGAAAAUGGUGAAGCUGAAAAUAAUCAAGACUCCAUUGAGCACCAUGUAGAUACAGAUCCGGUUAUGAAUGAUGAUGAAUCCAUCUCUAAAAAGAGAAAAGCUGGGAGACCGCGAGGAAGGCCUAAAAAAGUCAAGCUCGAGACACCUGAAGAUGGUGAACCAUUAACACUUGAAUCGAGCCCCGUGACUGGCGAUAAUUCGCCAAGUGAGGGCUUUGUGGACGUUCCAAAACCACAAACUGCAGGCAAAACAUCUGUUAAGUCUGCCAGAACCUCAGCGAGGGGCCGUGGAAGAGGCCGGGGUCGUGGUCGUGGUCGUGGAAGAGGAAGAGGAAGACCGCCAAAGGUAAGAAAUGGCCUUGAUUAUGUUCGCACACCUGCUGGUGCCACUACUCCUAUUGAUAUAAGAGAAAAAGUUGCCAAACAAGCCCAAGCGUUGUACGACUUUGCUCUUAACUAUAAAAAUGAAGCUGGAAGAAAACUUUCCGAUAUUUUCUUGGCUAAACCCUCUAAAGUGUUAUAUCCGGAUUACUACUUAAUUAUCAAGUACCCUAUUGCCUUUGAUAAUAUCAGUACUCAUAUGGAUCUAUUAGCUUACAACUCUCUCAAAGAGACCCUUCAAGAUUUUUAUUUGAUUUUCUCUAAUGCCAGAAUAUACAAUACUGAGGGCUCAGUGGUGUAUGACGACUCUUUGGAACUGGAAAAAGUGGUUAUGGACAAAUACCAUGAGAUAAUGGGUGAUGACACACCAAUCAGUUUUACUGAAUUUGAUGAACAGUAUGCUACUAAACCACUAGCGUUGCCUCCUAUUGUACCUUCAACCCUCGCCGAAUCUCUUGCUGAUGAGGCGGAUGAGACCAUGACAGAAACAAGUAUAUAG